AAAGGACCGAACUAGCAGCCUACUGUUUAUGAAAAACCUUCGUCUUUGUGUGGUUUGCAUUCGGCAGAAUCUUGCAGCAGCCAGAGUUUCAGGCAGCACAUCGGAGAGACACAUCGGACUGCAGGUGCUCUCAUGUAAACCUCCUACCUAAAUGCUACACCUCCUCCUCCCUCAAUUCCAACAUCAUCCAUGACAGUGGAACACUUGGGAGCUAUUGUGAAAAUUUUUGGUUCAGCAUAUUAGAGGAAUGUCCUUAAUUUCUAAGUAUUCAAGAAAUCGGAAUAACCUGAUAAAAGAACAACUAACACUUUGCUAUUCAUAAGCUGGUUGAAAACUCAUGGGAUACGAACAUGUCGGAGGUCGGAGAGCGUCGGCCAGUCAACACAGAUUAUGCAGUUUCUGUGCUGGAACAGCUAAAGUUUUUCUACGAGCAGAAAUUGUUGACUGACAUCACACUGCUUGUGGAGGAGAAUGAGUUCCCCUGCCAUAAGAUGGUGCUGGCCACCUGCAGCUCUUACUUCAGGGCCAUGUUUAUGAGUGGGCUCAGUGAGAGCAAACAGACUCAUGUUCAUCUUAGAAAUGUUGACCCCAUCACACUGCAGACCAUCAUAACUUAUGCCUACACUGGCAACUUAGUCAUCAACGACAGCACUGUGGAACCUCUCUAUGAGACGGCCUGUUUUCUUCAGGUGGAGGAUGUUUUACUGCAGUGUCGAGAGUACUUGGUCAAGAAAAUCACAGCUGAAAACUGUGUGCGCAUGCUAAGCAUUGGCGAUAUGUUCAGUUGCACUGAGUUGAAGCAAAGUGCUAAACGCAUGGUAGAGCACAAAUUUCCUGUUGUCUACCGACAGGAGGCUUUUCUGCAACUCUCGCAUGAGCUACUACUGGACCUCCUGAGCAGUGAUAAUUUAAAUGUGGAGAAAGAGGAAACCGUACGUGAGGCAGCCAUGCUGUGGCUGGAAUACAACAUGGAAGGACGUUCUCAGUAUCUCUCCUCUGUCCUCAGCCAGAUUCGAAUUGAUGCACUUUCAGAAGUGACCCAACGUGCCUGGUUCCAAGGUCUUCCACCGAAUGACAAAUCAGUGGUAGUGCAGGGCCUAUACAAGUCUAUGCCAAAGUUUUUUAAGCCCCGACUGGGCAUGACCAAGGAAGAAAUGCUGAUAUUUGUAGAAGCUGAACCACCAACUGAAAGCCAUCCAGUUGUGAUAGGUCCACGUCACACGGUUGUCUGUUAUAGUCCCCAAGCAGAGAAGGUCUAUAAACUGUGUAGCCUACCUGGAGACUUGCAGAAAGUUGGCACGUUGGUCACCCCUGACAAUGAUGUUUUUAUUGCUGGUGGACAGAUACCACUGAAGAGCACUCUAGCUACCCAUGGCAGCAAAAGUGGCAAGCUGCAGGCUGCUUACUGCUCGGUGGACAGCUUCUACUGGUUCGAUGCCCAGCAAAAUGCUUGGGUGGCCAAAACGCCCAUGCUUCAUGCUCGCACUAAGCCAUCACUGGUGUUUUGCCAGGGUUUCAUAUACGCUAUUGGUGGUGAUAAUGUGGGAGGUGAGUUGAAUAAACGCACAGUUGAGCGAUAUGAUUGUGAGCGGGAUGAGUGGAGCUUGACUAGCCCUCUUCCCUGUGCAUGGAGUUGGAGCACGGCAGUGACUGCCCGGGACUGCAUCUACAUCAUGACACAUGACCUCAUGUACUGCUAUUUCCCUCGAGCUGACACUUGGGUAGAAAUGGCCAUGCGACAGACAAGUCGAUGCUUUGCUUCUGCAGCUGCGUUAGGAGACCUCAUCUUCUAUAUCGGUGGUCUACAUGUUGUGGGCAACUCGGGUUUGCGUUUGCCAACUAGCACUAUUGAUGGCUCCUCCAUUACAGUAGAAAUAUAUGAUGUCAACAAAAAUGAAUGGCGCCUAGCUGCCAACAUCCCAGCCAAGCGCUACUCUGACCCCUGUGUGCGUGCUGUGGUGCUACAGAAUACGUUAUGCAUUUUUAUACGGGAGACACACUUAAAUGAGCGAGCAAAGUAUGCUCUGUAUCAGUAUGACCUUGAACUCGAUUGCUGGUCCUUGCGGCAGCCCGUGUCGGAGCGUGUUCUUUGGGACCUCGGCAAAGAUUUCCGCUGUGCCAUAGGAAAAUUAUACCCAUCCUGCCUUGACGAGUCACCCUGGAAGCCUCCCACUUACCUCUUCUCCCCUGAUGGAGCUGAGGAGUUUGAGGUGGAUGAGGACAUGGUGUCACUGGCUCAUGUAUAGUUAAUGGUAUCAUCUUUGAAACUAACCUGUAAUUUCCACUCUUCUGGAUUAAUGCUCUUCUGUUUAUAGGAAAGGUAAAUGAGCUGGAGGACGGUCUUCCCUGAAAUGCCUAGCGUGCUCAUGGAAAUAAAAUGUUUAUUCGGAAACUGAAAUAUUUGAUUCAAACUAUGAUUUUCAUCUCUAUUAUCGAGUUUGAGAACAUGAAUAUUUCAUUUCUGAUACCAUUACUGUUUUGGCAUUCUAUUUUAACAAUUUAAUGGUGAUUAUGAUAAUGAUGAUGAUGUAAUAAAUCUUUUUUGGUUGAAAA